AUGAGGGAUACGUGGAUGGAGAGGCUCAUUGAGGAUGGUAAUAAUGAGGACCCCGGGCAGAGGCAGCAGCAUGACAUCAUGCUGGAACAGGUCAACAAAGAGCGUCUUCCUGCUAUAGUCCUCCCCUUCGGCUCAGCUGUUGCUGUACGCUGGGUUUUACAGUGCGGCUCUCAGGAUGUGGUUUUCGUCUCGAUGGCCAUGCGAAAAUCCAACUUUACGCUCGGGGCGGAGGCCAAGUGGAGUCGUUUUAAUGUUUUUUCCCCCUCUUAUCUAUGUGUGUGUGUGUGUGUGUGUGUCGCCACAGGUGGAGGUGGAAAACGGAAAGGCAGGAGUAAAAAAUGGAAGGAGAUCCUUCGCUUUCCUCACAUAAGCCAGUGUGCUGAACUGGGAAAAAUCAUCGAGAGGGAUUAUGCCAGCAUCUGCGACAAGCAGCCUAUUGGACGGCUUCUCUUUCGUCUUUACUGUGAGACCAAACCCAACUUGCAACGAUGCAUCCAGCUGCUGGACGCAACGGAAGACUAUGAGGUUACACCUGAUGAGAAAAGAAAAAGCAGGGGGGAGCAAAUCAUCAAGACCUUCCUUUCAAAACAAUCACCUCAGCGAGUAGACAUAGCCGAGGUUUUUGCAGAGCAAUGCAGAGAGAACCUGGAGCUCAGUCCAUGUAAGGAGAUCUUCAGCGACUGCCGCAAGGCGGUCCAUGAGUACCUGAGUGGAGCUCCGUAUUCAGACUAUCAGAACAGCAUGUACUUUGACCGCUUUCUUCAGUGGAAGAUGCUGGAGAGGCAACCGAUCACUAAAGACACAUUCAGACAGUACCGGGUGCUGGGAAAGGGCGGAUUUGGGGAGGUGUGCGCAUGCCAGGUCAGAGCAACAGGGAAGAUGUACGCCUGCAAGAAACUGGAGAAGAAGAGGAUCAAGAAGAGGAAAGGAGAGUCCAUGGCUCUGAACGAGAAGCAGAUAUUGGAGAAAGUCAACAGUCGGUUUGUUGUGAGCCUGGCGUACGCGUACGAGACCAAAGACGCACUGUGUCUGGUGCUGACCAUCAUGAACGGCGGCGACCUGAAGUUUCACAUCUACAACAUGGGCACGCCGGGCUUCGACAAAGACAGGGUCCAGUUUUACGCUGCUCAGAUCUGCUGCGGACUCGAGCAUUUGCACAGGGAAUCUAUUGUCUACAGAGAUUUGAAACCAGAAAACAUCUUAUUAGAUGAUAAUGGACACAUUCGGAUCUCUGACCUGGGGCUGGCCAUCAAAGUGCCUGAAGGAGAACUCAUCAGAGGCAGGGUGGGGACAGUAGGCUACAUGGCUCCAGAGGUGAUCAACAAUGAAAAAUAUGCCAUGAGCCCCGACUGGUGGGGACUGGGCUGCCUCGUUUAUGAGAUGACCGCGGGACGAUCGCCCUUUCGUGCUCGGAAAGAGCGAGUGAAGCGGGAAGAAGUGGAGAGAAGGGUGCAGGAGGAAGAGGAGGAGUACAACGACAAGUUUACAGAGGACGCGAAGGCGAUCUGCAGAAUGCUGCUCACCAAAGACCCCAAGCAGAGGCUUGGGUGUAACGCGGAUGGAGCAGCGGGCGGCAAGGCCCACUCGUUCUUCAAAAACAUCAACUUCAAGAGGAUGGAGGCUGGAAUUGUAGAUCCUCCCUUCGUGCCUGAUCCUCGGGCCGUGUACUGUAAGGACGUUUUGGACAUAGAGCAGUUCUCCACUGUCAAGGGAGUAAAUUUGGACCAAACCGACAACGACUUCUACUCCAAAUUUGCUACGGGUUGUGUUCCCAUCCCAUGGCAGAACGAGAUGAUAGAAACGGAGUGUUUCAGAGACCUGAACGUGUUUGGGCCUCAAGGGACGAGACCUCCCGAUCUGGACUGGAAUCAGCCGCCGGAGCCACCCAGACGUAGCCUGCUGGACAGGAUCUUCAGGAGGCAUCACCCAGACGUGUCCAUCUCCAACAGCCGUGUGCAGUCUUCCAGUGUAAAUUCUGUGGACUCCAUGUCCAACUCUGCCCCCUAGUGGCACAGCUGACAGUGUGGGACCUACUUUUAACCCACAAACGUACAGAUGGGAAGGAGCUCGGAAGGGCUUCCCUGUUGCUGAUUGGUCCGCAGCUCAAAGGCCUGAGCAGCAGCUGGAGACAGCCUGUUUGAAAGCCUAAAUGGUCGGGAAGGGAGGGGAGGGGUCAGGGUGGGGGGAUUGACCGGGCCCUGAGAUCCUGGGCAAUAGUAGUAGGACACUUGAUGUUGUGGAGAUGUUUGGAAAUAUUCAGACAAACCUUACUUUCCCUCAGGAUUGUUGGACUGUAGAACAGAGCCACUGUUGUUGUUCUUGAACCAGAAAAAGGAUUGAAAAACAAACAAACUGAUAAUCAGGGGAUUCACUGUAUAAUAAAGACCACCACAGGGAAUAAAGGUUGGGUAGGGGUGGGUGGGGGUAAGGGUAAGUGAAUUUUGUUUUUCAAAGAAAAAAAAGGGUCUUUUUUUUGGGUUUCAUUUCAGUCUUGUACUUUCUAGCUUGUAUCUUGUACCAAUAUCUCUCUCAUCUCUCUGCUUCCCCCUGACGUGUCGCCAUCUGCACAACUCUUAACUUAUUCUUUCUCCGUUCUUCACCUUCCAGACCUCAGAUCACUCCUAAACAUUCAGAACACGCCACCUCAGCAACCUCAAACACACAAUGUACAUUGCCUUCGCGUACACUCAGGCCAAAGAUUGCGGUUCUAGUUUUGUGAUACUGUUGUCAUGUUGAAUUGUUGGUUUUUUGAAGGUUUUUAGCUGUUGUGUAGAACUACAGGAGGAUCAGAAUGUGUGAUCCCAUUUAUAGACUUUUCUUUAAAUAUGAGCCUGCAGACAUAUCAUACAGCUUCAAGCACACACACAUACACACACACGCAUACAGUACAGCGCCUUCCAGAACUAUCCAUACCUCCUGAAUAAGUCAUCGUUAAUUAUAACCACAAGCUUCAAUGGGUUUCUUUGGGAGUUUAUGAUUGACUGACACAAUGUAGCCCAUGGCAUGUCGUUUUAAACUUUAUUUAAACUAAAAAUCUAAAAAGUGUGGCAUGCAUUUCCAUUAAUUCCUCCAGUAAAUACUUUAUCGAACCACCUUUUGCUGCAUUUGGUGUUCGCCUCUUACGGCUUUUUCACAUAUUUUUGCCAAUUCUACUUUGCGAAAUACCUUGAACCUUUUCAGAUAUCUGAAGACUCUCAACUGGAUUCAGACUUUAUCUUUGGCAUUCCACUGCAGCUGUGGUUCUGUUCAGGGUCCUGGUUCCGCUGGAAGACGAACCUGUCGGUGUAUGUAGAAGGCUUUGUCUUCUUAAACUUGCAUCUGUGCUUCUCCCUUUCCACUUUUCAUUCAACUCAAAUUCAGUUCUACUCAAAAAUAUGUUAUUUAUCCCAAAGGGAAAUGAAAUGUCGUCACAAUUCGUACCGUCCUGUUAUCUUCAGAGUCGUCGUGGAUGUGGACACGGCGCUGCUGCUCCAGCAUGCUGCAACUUUGAGCGGUGCAAGUCUAGAAUAGCAAAUUGAUGGGUUGUUGAACAUUUUUCUGUAAGAGGCUCUUCUAAGUUUAUGUUAUUUGAGAACUCAAAACUGCUUAAAUAUCUUGACAAUCUGCCCCCAAUCUCUGACCUUUUUGGUUUUCGUUAUGCUGUUUCUUUAGUAAUGUUCUCUAACAAACCACAGAGGGCUUCACAGAACAGCUAGGAUUAAAUUUGAAAAAGAUAGUCUUUUUUUAUUAUUAGUUAUUUCAAGGUAUGAGAGUAAAAGGUGGUCAAUACAAAUGCAUGCCAAACUUUUCACAUUUGUAGUUAUAAAAAAAAAAAAACGUAUCAUUUUCUUCCACUUCUAAAGUACAUGUGCUGUUUUGUGUCCUGUCACACAGUAUCCCAAACGAAAGCUUGUGAUUGAAACGCGACAGAAGGGAGUAGCUUUGCGAGGCGCCGUACUACGAACACACUCAGACUUGUGAGAAUCGUGUUGUGUUUUCAUUGCAUGGACAAGCGUAAGUGUGGACAGCUGUAUCCCUUUUCGCUUCUGCAUACCUCAUUCCUCCGACUCUGCCAUCUUAUACACGCGGACGUUUCCCUCGGUUUACGGCGUCACUUUAUAUUUGGCAUUAUGUGGAGUUUGACAACUAAUUAAUAUGCUGUACAGAAACAGAUUUCUCUCUUUUUUUUCUUCCUUUUUUUUUUGGUAGUUAUCUGCACAGUCCCCAUGGAGUGGAGAGGAACACAUGCACUCAGCAUGACUUACAAGUUGCACAAUUUAAAAUACCAUUGAGCUGUUUUUGUUACCAAAUGAAAAUGUCUUUCCUCUGAUCAUUAAGGCACAUCCUUGUAUUGAUACCGUCACAAGCCGCUUGUUUUUUUUUUCUACACCCGAGACUUAAAAGUGUUCUUCUCGCUCUCCUUAUGCCUUUUCCAUGUAAACGAUAUUGCUGCGUAGCCAUUGCUGUCUCAUGUACAGAUUAUUUUUUUAUAUAUUAUUUUUUAUUUUUUUGUCCGUUUACACUAAGCCCUCAGCGCUCUUCAAAAAUGCCUCACAAAUCUAAAGGGUCUUCCUCUUGUUUUGUGUCCCAACUGUAACCCGAAGACAGGAUAUCGAGAGCUACCUGAAAGGUUUACCUUAUCUGAAUCUCCUUUAAUCAGCCCAGCUCCUUGGCAUCAGAGCUGAGGAGGAGGAGGAAGAGGAGGAAGACACCAGAGAAUCCCCACACAAAGAAGUGGCCUUCUCGCAGCAGCACAGCCAAUUAAAGGGAAGGAGAGCACUGGCUCUUCUGCUUCGUUUUUAAGAAUGUGGUGUAUUUCCCUGUUUUAAGCUGGCGAAAGCUGUUCCAUGCAGUAAUUUUAAUCGUCCUUACCGAUCUCACACAAGCCUGUUUGUUUUGUUUUUUUUUCUUUUCCUCUUGAGGUGAAAAAGAAAAGGAAAAAAAAGUAUCUGACUCAGACGGAAGUGCCUCCUUGUUAGCAUGAUUUCCAGACAAUGCCCACACAGACAUCAGCACUUUGUUUAUUAUCUGACUGUCAUGCUCUGUUUGCUUCGCGGGGGAAACACAAAUACACAUAGACUUACACAGUUUGUUGGAAGGGAAGGGAAAGGAAGGAGGAGUCGCAGACGGAGCGGAGUCUAUGAGGGAAUUUUCCUUCUUAAUGUGAUGUACAGCAAAGUGCUGAGUGCAUGUGAAAGCCAAACCCACUGUGUCAAUCAAGUCCUAAUAAACUGUAUCAUAGUUUGAAUACUCA